UCAAAAAAAAAAUGAAGAUUUUUAUGAUUCUCACCGUCUGCUUUGCCGCAGUCUCCGCAAGCAGACUUUUCCAGUCCGAAUGGGAAGCGUGGAAAGGCGAACAUGGGAAAUCGUACUCGUACGAAGAAGAAAACAAAAGGCAAUAUAUAUGGGAAAAGAAUUUGAAGAAAGUUGUUGAUCAUAACAUGGAAGCAGAUAAUGGAAUCCAUACCUACAGACUUGGAAUGAAUCAGUUCGCUGAUAUGGACGAAGACGAAUGGCGAAGCCUUGUUCUCGGUCACGUGACUAGACCAGCCAAUCAGAUGAGUUACUGCAACAUGACGUAUGAAAUGAGCGAUCCAAGAGCUGAUGACACCGUUGAUUGGAGAACCAAAGGUUACGUCACACCCGUCAAGAACCAAUUGAAAUGCGGCUCUUGCUGGGCGUUCAGUACUACUGGGUCAGUCGAAGGCCAGCACUUCAAGAAGACUGGAAAGCUUGUCUCUCUCAGCGAACAGAACUUGAUGGACUGCAGCACCCCAGAAGGUGACCACAGCUGCCAUGGUGGACUUAUGGACUUCGGCUUCAAAUACAUCGUCAUGAACGGUGGCAUUGAUACCGAAGAGUCCUACCCUUAUAUGGCCAAGGACGAAACGGUGUGCAAAUUCAACAAAAUGAAUAUCGGUGCCACCAUUACUGGAUGUGUCGACAUUGCUCACGGUGACGAGAUGUCUUUGAAGAGCGCAGUAAUGCGAGUCGGACCAAUUUCUGUCGCCAUUGAUGCUGGACACUCUUCGUUCCAGUUAUAUAAAUCUGGCGUUUACACCAGCAUGGAAUGCAGCUCAACCAAGCUUGAUCACGGUGUAUUGGCAGUUGGUUACGGUACUGAGAUGGGAAAAGACUACUGGCUGGUUAAGAACAGCUGGGGUGAAAUGUGGGGAAUGGAUGGCUACAUCAUGAUGGCGCGUAACUCCAACAACAUGUGCGGAAUUGCUACCCAAGCCAGCUAUCCGACUGUCUAGAAUGGACAAAAGAUGGCGGCGGGUUGACUCAAAUUGGACAUUUAAGGGCUUUUCUUAAUUCUUCACGGAACUGGUUGAAAAUUUUUAUCUAUUCCCCAUGGAUGGGCCGUAGAAAUAUCAAUUAUUUAUGUGCGGUUUAUCCAUGGCUGUUUUAAAUUUUUUACUAGCUAAAUUUGCUGCUCAUAUUUUGAUAAUUAUAAUUGUUUUGAACUUUUUUUUGAAAUUUUUGAUGGCAUUCCUACCUAUUACAGUGUUACUGAAAUGAUUUAAUAAAUAUAUUCAUUUUCCGAGAAAUUAUAUUUUCAAGAUUAUUUUGUGCUUACCUAAAAACAGAAAAGGUAGAAUUUUAUUAUUUUUAUGAAAAAAUAGAAAUAAUAUAAAAUAAUUUUGCAUUUAAUACUAUACGGUUAAAUAUUAGAUUAUUUUACGCUUUUUUCAAAAGUUUGUAAUCUAUUUUUUCAUUAAUAAAGCUAAAUCUUGCCUAGACACUGCUAAAAUACGAAAUUUUUACAUCAUUCUUGUGUUGUUCUUAUAUUAUUUAGCUUUAGUUGAUAAAUUGAAUAACAUGAAAAUGUUAGUAAAAAACGCGUUUUUAUGUAGUGUAUUACUAACCUAAAGAUGGGAAUUACUGUAAAAUGUAGAAUGUAUAUUAGCGCGAAAAAUCGCGGAAAUGUACUUUCUCGGAAAUGGUCCAAUAACUCAAUAUUUCGUCUCCUAUGUGAUUAUUUUGCUGUUUAGUAAAAUUGAUGUUUUAUGCUUGUAAAUAUUUAAUGAAAAUCGAAUAUACGAUCGUUUUAUUAUAUUUCUUUUCGUUUUAUUAUAUCUUUUGAGUCGAAAAAUUAUCUGUCCGAUCUUUGGGAUCUAUUUUAUCAAUCUGUCCUCGAAACGGGCGAUAAUAUUUGAUAUAUCUUAAAAGUUUGAGAUUUUAUUAUAUAUUGUCUCCCGAUCGGGUCUCACUCUUUGGAAUUUCCUCCAACCGGGCGAUAAUUUUUGUGCAUUAUUUCAUUCUAGCUUCCAAAUAUAUUCACUUACUCUAUGCAUGUUAAAACGGUGCUGUUCCUAUAAAACUAGUCAUUUGAGGCAUGGCCAAAGAUGUUUCUUGCCUAAUCGGCGCUUUACAACAGCGGGCAAUGCAUGUUCUGACUGAUAAUGACCAGUGAAAGCAUCAAACAUAUGAUUAUAAAAUGAUUUUUAUGCUAAUUUUUCUGUAUUGACUUCAAAUUUAGAGGUAAUUUUACGAUUAUUUUGAUUACUUGGUCGUAUAGACAUAAAUGAAAAGUAUUGCUAUUUGUGACUUUUAACUCCAUAGUGGCAAUACAUUGCGGAGAAAUUCAAUUUUCAUAAAAUUCAUGAAUUACAUAACUCCCUUAUGCUUUUAUUCCAAUACAUUUUUGUCAUAUUCAUCCAAAUUGGUUCAAUAAAAACCUUGAAACUUUUGUGACCAUAAAUCCUCAAAACGACAGUACCUAGAUGUUUUACAUUAAUAAUAUAACUUUAAUCAAAGAAUUGAAUAUGAAUAAAAAUGCAUAAUUUAUAAAAAAUCAUAACCCAUAAAUAUCAUUCUUUUGUCAAUUUUUUAGUUUUACGUUUCAAACUUAUACAAGCUUUUCAAUACUAUGAAAAAAUUCAGAAAAUUUACAGCAUAGUAACACAUGCACAGCAUUGCUUUACAGUUGUGCAUGUCUUACUAUGCAUUUUGAAUGUUAUUGAAUUCAAUGUUUUUUUCAAUAGUUUUUUGGUAUUUUCGGGCGAAUGCAUAGUAAGACAUGUACAGCAUUACUUUACAGUUGUGCAAGUCUUACUAUACAUUUUGGAUGGCAUUAAAUUUAAUGUUUUUUUCAAUAGUUUCUUGGUGUUUUCGGGCGAAUGCAUAGUAAGACAUGUAUAGCAUUACUUUACAGUUGUGCAAGUCCUACUAUGCAUUUUGGAUGUUAUUAAAUUUAAUGUUAUUUUCAAUAGCUUUUUGGUGUUUUCGGGCGAAUGCAUAGUAACACAUGCACAAGCACAGCAUUGCUUUACAGUGGUGCAUGUCUUACUAUGCAUUUUGGAUGGCAUUAAAUUUUGUGAACUUUUUUAAUAGUAUCAAAAUGCUUGUCAAAAAAAUUUUUUUUUUUCAUUUUAUAUUUAUUUUAAGCAAGUCAAGCGGUCAACAAGUGCAAUAUUCAAUGCUUCUACAACUGAGUGAGUUAUCCUGUGAUUAUGCUCGUUUAAGCUUGGGCCACAGAUAAUAGGUACUUAGAGUGGUGCUGUUAAAAACGUGUAAAUUUGACUUGUUUUUGACUUGCUUAAGUGUGAUUUAUUUGAGUUUCGAAUAUUCGACAAUUCUAACUUUUUGACUAUUUGAAUUCGGUUCUUCCAUAACCCUCAGUUCGAAUUUCUGAAUAUUCGUUAACUAUAACUUUUCGAAUAUUCGAGUAUUUUACAGUUCGGUUAUUGCAUAUUCGGCAGUUCGAAUUUCCGAAUAUUUGGACAACUGUUCGAAUAUUCGAAUAUUUUUUUAGUUCGGUUAUGACAUAUUCGACAACUCGAGUAUAUACCUCUGCCUGACACAAAAAAACAAGUCAAAUUUACUAAAUUUUCAACAGCAUCACUUUUAGGCUCUAAUCAUCUGUUUUUUCCAAGCUUCAAGCGACAAAAUCACUCGACAAAUUUCAACUUCAUGUAGAACUUGAACGUUAAAUUUAUUCUUGAUUUAAGGAGACGUUGUAUAUCAUUUACCAAUGUUACUUUCAUUUCAUUUUGUGUGUGUGAGCCGAGAAAUAGAUACCAUUUUUUGCCUUCUUGUAAUUUUCAUCAAAACCAAUCGUUUUUAUCUUCAAAUAAAAUCUUCAAUGCAU